AUGGAUUCGGACCGUGUCAUACUCCCACGUCCAAUCCAAGAGCUCGAUUAUUCGGAUGGCAGUCUUCUCAGCGAUGAUGAAGAUUCGGAGGCGGAUCCCAGAAAUGAUGACCUUAGCCCGAGACCGCUAGGCGAUGUUAUUGACGAUGAUGAAGAUGACGAGCCGCAUACCCUCAAACCCACCGAUGAAUUUGAAUAUAUCCCGUUUGGGGCCAUGGCCGCCCAACCCACCCCGCCGACCCAAGAUCGAAAGCGGAUAUACGCCAGUCCAAGGGCGAGUAAGAAGAAGUCGGCUCAGGCUGCGGCAAAACCGAGUCCGCCUCCAAAGCCAAAAUAUUUGAAGAAAAUGCCUGUCUCUCCGCCGCCUACCGCUGACUGUCGGCCGCUAAGCCGUGAUUCUGGGAUUUCUGACUCCAAAGAAGAAAUCUACGACGUCCAUUCCCCGACCAGAACUCAGGAUUCCGGCCUUGGCCAAAACCGACACACCCCCUCAACCAGCACCGAGCUCUCCCCCAGAAAACCGAAACCCCUCCCCCCGACCACGCUCCUCCACCCCCCUCCAGCUGUUGUGGAAGAAAAGGGAUAUUCGGCUGAAGAUAAGCAAAGAGCCAGGGAGAAGCUUGAUCAAGUCCUAAUCCCAAUCGCUAUCGAAAAGAGUCGAUCUCGAGGUAUCAUCAAUACCAGAUCGGUUAGUGAAGACCAAGAAGAAUCGAUAGCCGAACCUGCACCUCGUUCUUUGACGCAUUUCGUACCUCCUAAGAACGAGGUCCACGAAAGCGUCCACUUUGCGUGUGCGAGUGAGCGAGAAGAAGGCGCCAGGGUAGAAGCCACGCUUCAUCUGACCCCGUCUAGCCCGAGGCAAGCUGUCGCUAGGAAUUUCUCAGCUUACAAGCCUAUCCCACUCGAGCGAGAUCGUGAAAAGAGCGUUCUGGUUGAGCUGACCGUCGAACUGAAUCGGGAGCAAAACGCGUUGAUCUCCACUCACAAGUACCCCCAGCGACAACAGCAAGAACGAGCUGUUUUAAGUCACAAAGUGCCUGCCGUAGCCCGAACGCCUCCAACUAUGGCCCCGCCUGGAUCACUAUAUCGGGCUGUCGACAUUCCGUUUGAUGACAACUCAGCAGCGGUUUAUCAGCCUCCAAAGCAGGAAUAUACAUCUAACAAAAAUGGCAACUUCACCGUCAUCAUGGAAAUGGGCGCCCAACCGGUACACAAAGGUUUUGGCAUGAAUGUUCAGACAGAACGAGGAGAACCAAUUAAGGUCGAAGCCGUCCUUGUCGGAACUCCAGCCGACCGUGCUGGUCUCCAAGUUGGUGACCGAAUCACGUCGAUCAACGGCGAAGACGUCAUCGACGCCUACCCGUCGGCCGUCAAUCGCAUGCUACAUGAAGCCGCGCGACUUGGAGAAGUUGAGCUGAGAGUGAUGAGGGAGAACACCGUUCAUUUCAAAACCAACACUCAGCUCCAAAAGUCCACCUCAGCUACGUCGUUCGACAAGACGCGUAGUAUUUUCCAGGCAUCCGACCCCCUACCACCAGCUCGUCCUGUGGAUCGUAAAGGACUCGGUGUUAUGAAUAAUGGUAUGCUGCGACAGGACUCGGCACUCUCCCGAAAUUCGCAGAGCUCAAUUUCUUCUGGGCAUAGCGAGCAUCGAGGAUUGGCGAGGUCCUCAACCGGAAACCUGGCUUACGAUCCUUAUCGUGCACCUGAGAUGUCGCAAAAGCGGGAUCAGUCUCCGGCUCCGAUCAUCGAGUCAGGAUUUAAGAAGAGCUAUGGGGUCGAGGGGGAUUAUCGUAUCACUACAAGCAUGGGGAAGCAGGGACCUGGAAGACUAGCAAAUUUCGUACCUGAGGUCGAGCGCGAUGGUCAAAGACGGGAGAUCCCGAGGAAAUACGAUGAUGAUCUAGAAAAUGAAUCGAAAGAAAGUGACGACAGUGUCCCGCGAAUCAUCCGCAACUACGAUCUUCGACAAACUCCAGCUAUCAGCCAAUCGUUUGUGCUGCGCCGCGAUUCGGAUGACGCAUCGGUGAGCGCCGUACUGAAGAGGUCGACGUUGCCGCGGAAGGCUGGCACAAAAGUGCAUACGGAAUCUGGAGUCGAGGCGGAUCCGGAAACCGGGCGGGAUCUAAUCGAAGAACGUUCACUUACUCCACCACCAGCACCACGGUCCCGCCACGCCUCCGGUGUGGCCAUGGAGCCGGUGCAAGUCCUUCGUCCGCGUCGUUCCACCUCACAAGAUUCUCUUCUAACAACCACCGAAGAGGUCUAUCGCCGUUAUGAAUAUCGUCGUUACACUCCCUCGAUCACGCCGCGUGCUAGCCCUAAUCCGGAACGUCCACAGAGUCGAACGCGUGUCAUUCCGAUCGUGCGACAAGGAUAUGACGACCGAUCGAGGCCCCCAUCAGCGCCAGUUUAUCGAUCGGCAUCUGUACAUGAUGGCCUUCAACAUGCCCAUCCAGUGGAACAAGUUAUUGAAAGGGUUACCCCAAUCCCCAUCGAACGACAAUACAGAAGUCGCAGUCCCCCGAGAAGGGAAUCGAGGGCCAGAUCAACGGAGGCUAUCCGGGAACCAUACGAACCGAGAAGGGUCUAUAAUACCUACUACGAACCCGAUUACGAUGAGAUCGAUAAUGACGGAGUAUCCAGGGCUACGCAUCGCUUCUACGACAGGGAUGGAAGGGCGCUACGCAGGGAGAAUCGGCGGGAAGAGCGCGUCGUGGAGAUUACGAGGAGCUAUGAGACGUUGGAUGAGGACCCCCGUGAAUGGCGUAAUGUGAUCAAAUCACAACGCCAAGCAGCCCCUGGACUUCCAAAGGAUGAUCAGAAGAUUAAAGACGCUACGCAGAGCUUGGGCAACCUCCCCGUUUACAUCAACAAACGACUCCGAGAGCAAGAAGACAAGGAGCUGGAAAACAGAAAAUAUCUCGAUUCUGGACGUCGUGAUGUUGAGCAUUGGGAACAUGCGUCGUACACGUCUUGGGAGGAUAUGCGAUACCGCAGAGCGGAGAAGGAGCGCGAGCAGAGGGAGCAGCGAUAUGCGCCUAGAAGCUACCGGGAGCCGAGCGUCGACCGUAACCAACCUGCAGCCAAGGAUUGGAGGGAGCAGGAACGCACCUACAACGGAGGACCAGCCCCCGAUGGCUAUUCCUCGCUCCACAGAAGCUACGGUACCGAGCAGCCGCAAAAUCGGAGUCGCACUGACAGCCGUUACGGUACCAUGCCGGAAAAGCCGAACCGUCAACCACCGGUAAUUCCGGCUUCUCGAGACUCUGAACGUGACCAAAUCGUGGCCGUCAGUGGAAAGCAUCGUUGCGGGCACUGUGGAAACGAGCUGGGAAGAGGCCAGGCGAUGAUCAUCGAGAGUUUGAUGCUCUACUAUCAUUUGCCCUGCUUCCGCUGUUAUGUUUGUGGGAUUCAGCUAGGAAAUGGAAUGAAAGGUGCUGACGUGCGUGUCCGUGAUCGCAAACUCCACUGCCAGAGCUGCUACAGCAACGAUGCCGUCCAAUUGAGCAAAGUG